GCUCCGGGUCCGAGCAGCCUCUUCCGCCCCGCACGCAGCCUGGCCAGCAUGGGGCACCGCGUGGGGAGCGCGCCCCUCCUGCUGCUGCUGCUGCUGCUGGCUUUCUGCAAAGGGCGAAUUGUGAGGGUACCGAAAAGCCCACUCAUUCGAGUCGAAGGUACAGAGACGGUGAUUCCUUGCAAUGUUACUGACUACGAUGGACCCAGUGAACAGAACUUUGACUGGGAAUUUUCCCAGGGAACUGACUUUGUGCGGAUAGUGAGUACCUGGGACUUGUCAUUCACCUCCCAGCAAUACCAAAAGAGGGUUGGCAGUGGGGAAAUCGUGCUGAGGCGGAGCAGCAAUAAUGCUGUGUUUCUUCUGAUCAAAAGUAUCCAACCAGUCGAUGAAGGAGAAUACAAGUGCAUCACCCCCAGCACAGAUGCCACUGUUCAGGGAAAUUACGAUGCUACAGUCCAAGUGAAAGUGAUUUCCGAUGGCUUAACUGUGAGUGGAUCUAAAGCUCGGUCCUCGAAACCUCGCAAACUGUCUGAGGGAGACUCAUUUGAAUUGCGCUGCUCAGCUUCCACCAUCUCCUCAGAACACACUCACCUGCAAGUUACUUGGGAGCUCAAGAAUGGCCCAGCCUGGCAGGAAAUCCUCUCUCUGACAUAUGAGGGCAAGUUCCAGCCCAGCCCGGAAUAUGAAGAGCGCUAUCUGAGUGGAGAUGUGCGCUUGGACACAGUGGCAAAUGACAUUUACCGACUCUCUGUAUCCCAGGCACUGCCAAUGGAUGAGGGCCUCUACAGGUGUCUUGUGAGCGAGUGGGUGAAAGGUGCAGAUAGUUCCUGGCAGAAGAUCCAGGAGAAGAAUGUGGAAGUAGCAAACGUGGUACUUCAACAGACGAUUCUGGAUGUGCUUAUUGCCACAAGCAACAUGUCUGUGACUGAAAGGGGCUCCCUGGACCUAACCUGCAACAUCACAACAGACAGAAGUGGCAUCUUCCAAGCUCAGGUGACGUGGUACUUCAGUGAGUCACAUGAUGAUACCUUGUCAGAUGCCCAGGUUUUGUUGAGUGUGGACCGUGAUUCUGUGGUCAGCGACUCUCCCCUGAUCAGCUUGAGUCACGUGGAUAGAAAUUCCUAUCACCUGCUAAUGCGUGAUGUGGGUGUGGAAGACUCUGGCUACUAUUUCUGCCAAGCAGCUGUCUGGGUGCCACAGCACAAUGGGAGCUGGCACAAAGUGGUGGAGAAGACCUCUUCACCAGUCAGCGUGGUGGUGACAGCAUUAGAGCUGGACUACCAGAUAGUUCUGAAUGCUUCUAAAACACCUAAAUUUUCAGACGACCCCACAGAACUGGAGUGCAGGAUCAUGAAUGCACAGAACACAGAAGCAAACCUACGUUUUACGGUCUCCUGGUACUACAGAAUGCACCUGCGCAGUGACGCUGUUGUGACAGAUGAACUUCUUGCCACUAUGGAUGCAGACUGGACGCUGCUGGUUGGGGAUAAGAGCAGAGAGAGGACCCAGAAUGGGGAAAUAAUUUUCUCUAAACAGGCCGUGGAUACUUUCAGUUUACGAAUCCAGUGGACCUCUGAAGCAGACAGAGGGGAUUAUUACUGUGUGGUCUCUGCCUGGAGCUGGCACCACAACAACAACUGGGUAAAGACCAAGGAUGUGAUUUCCACGCCGGUCAGUGUUUUCUGGGCUACCCAAGAUUAUACACUAACAGUGGAGGCAGUGAAACUGAAGCCGUUCUUUAUGGCAGGUCACACCUUUGAGAUGACGUGCAAGGUGUCUUCCCAAAACAUCAAGACCCCGCGUUACUCUGUUCUCAUUACAGCAGAAAAGACACUGACGGAUCAGUCAAACCCUAAUGGAACCACUCGCAUAAUCUCCUUGAACCAGGAUUCAGUGGUAAGACUGGAAGACUGGACAGACCAGACCCGAGUGGAUGGUGUGGUCCUGGAGAAGGUCCAGGAGAACGAGUUCCGCUAUAGGAUGUACCAGACGCAGAUGUCUGAUGCUGGUCUGUAUCGCUGUGUGGUGACCGCCUGGUCCCCAGGCGGCGGUGGCAUGUGGCGAGAGGCAGUGAAUGGCUUAUCCAAUCCCAUCCAGAUAGAUUUCCAAACCUCAGGUCCUGUAUUUAAUGUCUCGAUGCAUUCGGACAACCCGACGGUUUACCAGGGCGAGCUGGCAGAUCUGCUCUGCAUUGUCACCAUCGACAGAGCGGCACUUGAGCCAGAUGAUAUGUCCUUCGAUGUCUCCUGGUUUGCUGUGCAUUCCUUUGCACUGGACAGAGCCCCUGUCUUGCUGGCUUCCUUGGAUCGGAAAGGGAUUGUGAGCCAGCCCAGGAGGAACUGGAGCAGCGACGUCAGCCUGGAGAGGAUCAGCCCCAUGGAGUUCCGGCUGCGGGUGCAUGGCUCGGAGGACCAGGAUUUCGGCAACCAUUACUGCUCAGUAACCCCUUGGGUACGAUCAGCCACAGGUGUCUGGCAGCGGGAACCGGAGAUCAAAUCCAAGCCCAUAUUCAUAUCAGUGAAAAUGGAUGUGCUGAAUGCUUUGAAAUAUCCACUGUUGAUAGGCAUUGGUCUGGCCACCAUCAUCGGACUCUUAUCCUGCCUCAUUGGCUACUGCAGUUCCCGCUGGUGUUGCAAGAAGGAAAUACAAGAAACCAGACGGGAGCGACGCCGGCUAAUGUCUAUGGAGAUGGACUGAGUGUGAGAAUGAGACUACGCACGUUUCAGGAGAGAUUUGGGCAGUUGGCUGAGACAGAGGUGUGUGACAAACAUGCAUGCCCAAUGGACAGUAUCUUUCUCUCUGAUCUAAGCCAGGACCUAGAGCUUCUCCUCUCCACAUGCUAAGUACUGAGCGCACAGGCCAUGUGUACCAGCACAGAGCUCUUCUUCCAGGGACACUUACUGUGGGGAUGUUUUCUUCUGACACGCAAACUGUUCUGCAGCCUUCGGACAAGAUUCACUGUUAAAUCCUUUUGUCUUGUUUCUUAGGAACUUUCUUUGUGUGUUAACAUUGUUGGGAAGGGGGGUUAUUGUGGUGGGUGGGGCUUGGGAGAAAUAUUUUGCCUUUUAUAAAAUUAGCUGACCUGUUCUCUCUCUCUCUCUCUCCUCCCUCCCCUCCCCCCCAGGGUUUGGUUCCUGUCUCCAGUGCUGGGAAGGAAACAGCCAUAUGGGGUGCUCUAGUACUUGUUUGGUGAAGAUGCAAUGGUCAGGGGUGGGUUUAUGCUUGUCAGGGUGCCCUCUCUUCCCCUAUUUUCAGGGGUUUGCAGUUCACUCCAGAAUACAGCGUGUAUGGACUGUCUGUUUGAGACAAUUUUUUUAAACCAUUUUCUUAAAUAUUUUUUUUAAAGUUGGUCUUUGUUCUGCUGACAAGUGCUACCUUGGCAACCCUAGAGGCUGAAUGCUCAGACCAAGUACUUCACAGCGCAGAUCUUCCUUCCCACCACAGCCCCUCCCACUGUGCCUCUACCCUGACACACAGGGAGCACUACUCUCCCUGAGUGGAGAGUUCAGUCUCCUUGGCCUCUCUGCUGAGACCACCAGCAAGGCACCAGUUACCAGUCAUGGCGGUGGUGAUGUGUUCAUCAGAGGAACACCUGUCCUUUUAGGAAGAGGAUGGAGACCACCAGAUCUUUUCAGGUGUAUGGUCAACCGGCCAUUGGCUGGAAAUGAUGUGGGAACCAACUGUUACCUAUACUCAGAGUAGGUUCAUUUCCAUUUUGUUUCCUUGCAGUCACCUAACACAAAUCUCUGCAAUCUCUAAUUUGGCAGCAGAUUAGAGUCUCUAUUAGCAAUGCCCAUGAUCAACAGCAGCCACAUUGUGACUCAGUGUGGGUGCAAAAUCAGGCCAUCAUAGGGGGGGAGAGUUUGUUUUUUGUUUUAAACAGGUCUCUGUCUCUUUAUACCUGCAGUGAUCCCUAACUUUUCAAUAGGUCCUCUCCAUUGCUGGGCACUACAUGGGCAGAUCUCUCCAGGGGGUUUGAGGCAUAUUCAUAGGUGCUAUAGUAUGAAAGCCCAGCUCUGGUCUUUCACAGUCCCCUGGCAUAGCUCCUAAGGAGCUGCUCUCAGUUAUCCGGGCAGCUCUGUCUUCUAGCUCAGCUGGUGUUUUUAAGCAAUAAAAGUCAGACAUUGUGUACAAAAGAAGUAUGCUGAUACCACAUUCAAGGUUUGGCUAAAAUCAACAAAGAUGGGAAUUUGAGUUACUGUCAAUGCUCCAUCCUUCUCCAUUAUGCUUUAGGAAUAAAGAACCAAUGAUCGAUGAGCACGAUUAACCAUCUAGACUUUCAUUAUAUUCUAGAUCUUUUCUAUAACUAGUAGUCCGUUUGUGCGUACCUUCCAGGGGUGGUGCAGGAUCUAACUUCCUUGUUAUUAACAUGAAUUCAUUUCACAGCUGAGCUAGUGAAGUCUUUAACACUGUUGUAUUAUAACCACUGCAAACUGCAUUUAUUUGAGAUGCUCAGUUACUUUUGUCAUGAUUUUUUCCAGUACUGGCACAAGACUCUUUCCCUAAAAGAGACUUAGGCUAAGAUUUUUCACGUGACUAUUUUGGAUGCGUGCAUUUCAAAAGCAGCCUGACUGUUCCCAGUGAGUGCUCAGCGCAAUUGUUUUGUAGUUUGGCCCCGUUUAAGGUGUCUCAUGUGGUCAUCCCAAAAGGAAAGCACCCAAAAUCACUAGUCACAGCUGGAAAAUCUUGACCUGAAUCUUCUCAGCAGCCUUCCCUAUUGCUAGCUUUUCCUGCAGCCGAGCCUCCUGAAUCUGCAGGCAAACAUUGCAAGAAGCUGGCAGGGGAGGAACACACAGCCAUCAUGGCACAAAUGAGUUCCCCAUGUAAAAGUGUAAGAACUUGCCUCUAUAUUCUCCAAAAAGAGGCAAGCACAGGAAGUGAUUUGCUAGAGCAGAAUGUCCUACUCUUCCAGAACCAGCACAGAAUGUUUGUUAUCCUCUCCUGCGCUACCUUACCACUGAGGCACUCACCUGCUGGUCUUGUGGGGCACUGAGUUUGCACUGAUGUCCUCUUUCCCACACACAACUAAACAACUCUUACCGUUCCUGCUUUAAUAUUUGCUUUCCUCACAUCAUUGCCUUUUUUUUGUUAAAUGUUUCUAGCAUGGGGCAAGUGGGGAUUAGUUAUCCAAAGCACAAGUCACUCACUCUCCUUGCAGGUUUAACCCUCAUCUCUGUUGCUGUCAGUUACAUUUGGGGGAAACAGAAUCAGGCUCGUAAUGCAGUAAUAUGGAAUGAGCAAGCGAGGAAUGGGAUCUCCUCCUAAGCACACACUGCAUGCUGGCAUUUUCUCCCCGCAGAAAGAAACUCGGGGUUAUUUUGGCUGGGGGGGGUCCUUGCCCAUUAGUGAAGGGUCCCCAUGUCCUUAGCUAAUGUCAACCUUAUUUUUUGAGUAGUGUCCCUCUGGGUGCUCCACUCUGGGUGCGUCUGGGCCCCAAAUUCCCUUGAUCAGAGACUUUCAUUAGCAAUGUCUCUUUAACCUGCACUUGCGCUGUUGGUAUCCCUAUAUCCUGCGCCGAGGCUAUAUCAGGCUGUACAGGCAAACUGCCUCCUCAGUUACUUCUCAGCUGUGUUGGCAUAAUGGAGUUAGCAUGUCCGCCUCUUGCCUACCUUGGCAGUUACGGAGUUUCUCUCUAGUUAGCUAGUUUGGUUUGUUCGUAGUAGUUAGAUUAGUAUUUGUUUAAAUUUAAGAAAAAAAUAAUUAUAGAGGGUGGAGUCCAGUCUUAGAUCAAAGACUUUUCUGUUUGCUCACUCCACACCCACAAGGUUCAUGAAAGACCUGGGAGGACCUUCUUCCCACAGGCAUAGACUUUCCCACAGGUCUUGUGUAGGACCCGAACCUAGUUCCCAAAAGCCUCACAAAACUCCCUUUUGAACCAAUGGACACCUGCUCCUUAUUGACUUUAUUGAGGAAAACAGCUUCCUAGUAGCUACUAGGAAGUUCUCAGCCUGCAGAGACAGAGAGAUUGGGGCCUUAAUGGCUGACCCUCCUUUCACAACAUUCCACAAGGAUAAGGUGCCCUUACAGCCAUGUCUCAGGUUUCUCCUAAAGUAACAUAUGAAUUUCACUUGAAUCGGAGCAUAUACCUAUCAGUUUUCUUUCUGAAGCCACAUACUUCCAACGUGGGGACUGCUCUCCAUGCUCUAGAUGUCAGGAGGGCAUUAUCAUUUCAUCUGAACAGAACUAAGCCAUUUUGUAAACCCAAUAGACCAUUUUGACCUGUCUGCAACUGAAACCGAGUUCUGCCAUUUCUACCCAGAGACCUGCUCUAAAUGGAUUUCUGGGUGUUUUAUAGCUUGCUACCAGGCUGUUGACAUGCCACCACCAUCAGCGUUUUGGCACACUCAGCUAGAUCACAGUCUACAUCUAUGGCUCUCCUUAACAAUGUUCCCUUUCUAGAAAUCUGCAGAGCUGUUACAUGGUCUUCUAUACGUAGCUUCUCUAGGCACAGACGCGGCUGUUGACAAUGUAGGUCUCUCUAAUGUGAUGGACUCCAAUCCGAAGCACCUUCCUUCCUAGGGGGAUACUGCUCAGGAGUCACCAAGAGUGGAGUGCCCAUACAGACACUACUCGAAGAAGAAGACGUUACUCACCCUCUAUAGUAACUGUGCUGGUCUUCAAGAUGUGUGUCCCUGUGGGUGCUCCACUACCCACCCUCCUUCCCCUUGGUUUCAGUUUCCUCUGAGACUCAGUGAUGCAGAAGGCACUGAGGGGGCAGUUCACCCAUGUAGCCUGCUACAGCCUCGGCACAAGGAUAACUACAGUGCAUGCAAGGGCUGAACGGAUGCUGCUCCUGAAGAUCUCAAAGGGCCUCUGGGGCACACGCGCACCUAGGUGGAGCACCCGUAUGAGCACAAAUCUCAAAGAACCACAGUUACUGCACAGGGUGAAUAACCUCUUCUUCCAUCAGAGCAUAACACAUCUCCCUAUUCCACAUGAAAGGAGUUGGCCACUAGAUCUCACGGCCGCUAGCCCUUUGGGAGGUGGUGCUCCAUCCCCUUUCUCUCUGUUGUUGUUGUUGCUGCAUUUUUGAAGGCAGAAAUCUUUGGGGCAGUACUUCCCCAGCAGGUCUUCCAAGUGUGCCAAUUUUGUAAUACCCUUUUUUUAUACAAUGGGAAUCUUGUCUCUAAUGAGAAAAGCUGUGUGUCUUAGUCACUCUUUCCCAUGACUUUUUUUUUUUUUUUUUUUUUUUUUUUUUACUCUCUGUAACCACUUGUGUGUAUUAGGAGUGGUUGGUAUCAGGAGGUUAAGGAUUAAGCUGCAUGAGGUUCAAUGCAAGGGUUCAGUACCCUCUAAGCUGCAACUCCUGGGAUUGAAACGAAUAGCCAAGUAUGCUAAGGGCUCCUGUCGAUCUUACUCUGUUCACUUUGCCACAAGUUUCCUACUCAGUUACAGCUGGGAAAUUCCUCUCUUCUUGGACUCUGAACCAGGCAUUGCUUGAAAAUCACUUAAUGAAAUCGACAGGAAUUGGUGGAAGGUACAGAAUAAGGUGUUUGGCACAAUUCUGGAAUGCCAGAAUUGAAGGGUUCUAAUGAUGCUCUGUAUUGUUUCUUUUUAUGUUCAAAAUAAAG